CACACACACAACAGAAAGUUUGGCACAGCGGUGGGAUACCGACGGAUAGGAAGUGACGGGACUGUAUGAAGUGUAGAAAGAGAGAGAGAGAGAGAGAGAGAGAGAGAGAGAGAGAGAGAGAGAGAGAGAGAGAGAGAGAGAGAGGAGAAGGACAAGAAGACGGGAAUAUCAACACAAAGCAGAAUGAGAAGCAACGUGCGAUCAUCGGACUGAAAUGCGCAUGAUCUCUCUCCACGGCCAGCAGCGCCGGAGUCUCAAUGGAAGUGAACUAGGAGGAGAAGAAGUUAGUGAGCGGUGAGAGGGUGCGGGAGGGGGGAGAGAUUGUCGUCUGAUUUCCAUGACCGUGUUUGUGAUUCUUCUGGAAAGAAGUGCUGCUGGCGCUCAGGAGACCAUAUGGGACUUGCGAAGCCGCACUCUGAAUAUGAGGGAGAAGACUUUCCGCGGACCCCCCCAGAGGCAGCAGUGAGGGGGCUAUGAGCGCAGAUUGGUGGAUUCCGCGAUCUCGAGAGUUUUUCCUCCGUCGGCUUCGGUUUUCGCGUCCUCUGCGGGGAUGUUUGCGAGUCGCGUCUGCGCGGCUUCAGCUCGGACUCUGACCCGGCUCUGCGCCGCCCUGGUGCUGCUGGCCGCCGCGGGACUGGGCUCGGAGCUGCGGGUCCGCGUCCGGCUCUCUGACGGACUGGUGACCGAGGAGGUGUUGGAGGCGGACAGCGAGAAAGACGCGAUAUCGCUGGAGUUCAAGCAGGGAGACGGGACACUCAUCACUUUCGUGGCGGACUUCAAACAGGAUGUGAAGAUAUUCCGAGCGCUGAUCCUGGGCGAGCUGGAAAGAGGGCAGAACCAGUACCAGGCCCUGUGCUUCAUCUCCCGCCUCAGCCGCAAUGAGAUCAUCCCCAGCGAGUCCAUGGCCCGCCUCAGACAGAAAAAUCCUCAGGCCAUCCGCCUGGCAGAGGAGCGGAGAGGACUGGAGCAGCUGACGAUGAGCGCGGCCGUCAAUCUGAGUCGGGCCUGGCAGCUCAGCUCCCACAUCCACAACAUGUGCAGCGAGGCCCGCGAGGCCAUCUACACCAGGGAGGCCGAUGUCAAACACUGGCUGGACAAAGGAGUGGAUGGCUCCAUAUUCGAGGCCCUGCCCCAGACGGUGCAGGCACCCAGCUUUCAGGCCUGUCACUCCACUAAAGACAUGUGGCAGCCCUGUCUCUGCACAUACAGCCUGCGUCUGGAGUGGUACCCGUGUCUGCUGAAGUACUGCCGCAGCCGGGACAGCGCGGGCAAAGGCUCCAACUACAAGUGCGGCAUAAAGAGCUGCAGCAAGGGUUACCAUUUCACCUACUACGUUCCUCAAAAACAGCUGUGUCUAUGGGACGAGGAGACCUAGCAUUUUGUUCGGCGUGGUUAAGAAAAAAAGAGAAAUACAUUUAUUUUUUUUCUCCCAGCCAGGCCAACGCUCCUCCACCCAUUGCUAUUCAAAGUAAACACGGAAAACACUGGACCUCAGUUUAUGUGAUGGUGAGUGAAGCUGUCUCAGGUGGGGGAGAUCCAGAUGUUCAAAGCUGAAAAUGAAUUCAGGUUCUUAAAACGAGACCAAACCCCGCCCCCCUUCAAAAACAAAAGGAGUCGUUCUAAGAGGACCCGGUAAACUUUAAGCCUUUUCUGGGGGAAAAAAAUGACAUAUCAGCUGUAAUGUGGCUUUGCCAAGAAGCUGUCACUUUUUGUGCCUUUCCUUUUUAUGGAGAAAUUAUUGGAGCGGAUGACAGAUGCCAACAACAAUAACCUCUCGUACAAGCUACGGUAUGCACGAAGCUUGGACAGUGCGCUUCUGGUCAAUUAAACCCCCGGCAGAGGAACGACUCUGAUCAAAGGAGUCAUACAAACACAAUCUUCCAUUCUGGUGAAGGAAAAUUUGGAUGGUGGAUUCAUAUCAUCUGUGAAAGACCCGCCGGACGCCUGUCUAUGACGAUAUAAGCUGGUCCGACGCAGAAAAUGCUCCCCUAAUGCUGGCUUUAUUUAUUUUGGUUGCUAAGUGAAAUUAUGGAGGACUAUUUUUGUAUCUUAUUUGUCAUAAAUAACCUCAUCAGUCUUCUUUCCCUUUUUUUUUUGUUUUUGCAUUAAACAAGCUCUUAAAGUCGCAUGUUUCUACCACAGGUCCUCGAUAACAAGAAGUAUUCACACACAUCCCACGACGUGGGUGUCGUUGCCAGGUUGUCAUGCUAAUACAGAGAUUGUGGAUCAACAGGUCUAUUAUCUUUCUCUGCAGGAGAGUUUUAUUUCUGCUUUCACCCAUUAAUACCCAUGGAGGGGGGGCUCCUCACGCCCAUCAAUCACAUUCCCAUUCUGUUUGAAAGUGUCAAAUAAACCAAAGUCAAAGGAAAUGCUGUCAAAAGAAGGGUGUAAUGUUUCAGUUUAUAGAAACAGGCUCUUCAGUUAAGUGUUUUUCCAUGUUAGAAGUUACUAAAACUGCAGCAUGGCCUCUAAAAUAAUCUCUACUGCCCUCUUCUGGUGAAGCAGUGUUUCAGUUUCUUGCCAGAAUUCUGUUUUUUUGCUCUCUGUUUAGGUGUGUUCCUGUCAACGGUUAAAUGUUUUAUAAUUUAUGCAUCUUAUAUCUCAAAUCAUUUCACAUGCGUAAUUCAAGGAGCACUUCUUGAACUUGUGGGACCAAACUUCCUUUUUCGUCCACCUGGUUGAAGUAUAAUUUAGUUUUUGGUAUUAUUUUGUCUUACCUCCAUUUUCAUUUCACACUCUACUGCCAUAUCAAACGUUCAUUUCAUGUGCCGGUGCAUCCGGUUGACUAAAGAACCAAAUGAGUGCAACAUUUCUAUUUGUGGCCUUUUCCGGUGAUCAAGUGCCUUAACAUUUCCACUGAUAUCUUUGCUAUGUAAUUGUGUAGAUUAAGUUUGUAAACAUGUUUUUUUUUUUUUUUUUUUUUAUGAGAGAGAGUUCUGAAAAUGUUGUAAAAAGUUGCCAUAAGGAGAAAAUGAAGCAAUUAGGUGAUGUUCCAUUUAAGAGUUGUUUUUUUUUUCAUGAAUUGUUUCAAUAAAGUCUUUUCUUUGCACUGCAAAUACAA